GUUUCGUCUGGGCAAUUGUAUGAGCUCAGGAGGGCCCUCGCAGACUCGGUGGCGCCAGGUCUUCACACACUCACAGGAUAUGUGAAGACUUCAAUAACGAGCCAUUAUCCCCUAAUCACGCGGAUCGAUCAGGCGUUAACAGAGGUCUCUACAUAUGCAAAUUCCACGCGGCCUGGGCCCUAUAAACGCCGGCCCCUUCGCCGGGGACAGAAGCCACAGCACUCUUCCCCCCUUUUGACGUUUGUUGGAUUUACGGACCCUGAGAACAUGGUGAAGUACUUUUCCGUGGACUGGCUGGCCCAGAGCCAUCGCGGGGACCGGGGAGCGGGCGCGGACCCCGCGCCGACCUGCCGGCCCCACGUGGCCUGCAUGGUCCAGCCGAGCGCGCCCACCUUCGGCAAGAGCUACCUGCAGCCGAAGCCCAAACCGUCCAGGCCCGCUCCGGAACGCGCGGAACCCUUCGCGUCCCCGCAUCCCCAAAACUGCCCCUCGCCAAUUUCAGAAACCAGCGGCUAUUCCUCCGGGUACGAGAGCGAAGUGGCUUCCUCUGAGUGUUUCUCCGUGGACGAAGGCACCGAAGCGGAGAGAGACGGAGCCCAGCGCCGCGUGCGCACAAAGUUCAGCCCGGAGCAGAUCAGCAAGCUGGAGAAAAUCUUCAGCAAGCACAAAUACCUGGACUCUGGAGAGCGGGUGAAGACGGCGCAAAAGCUGAACCUCACGGAAACCCAGGUGAGGACGUGGUUUCAGAACAGGAGGAUGAAGCUGAAGCGUGAGGUGCAGGACUACCUCGCCCCACAGCUGCCGGCCGUGGCCUUCCGGCCUCUGCCCCGGGUCCACUACCACCCGGUGGCCGAAUGGCCAACUUCUCCUUACCACGAAGAGAGAACUCUACGGGCCCCAGAGGAGGCUUUUCAUUUAAAGGUUCACUGUGAAAAGGAGGGAUUCGCAAAGGGAUCGAGAAGCCAAUACUCCCCGACCUCGCCAAACAACAGCUGCGGCUACGCGUCGGGGUCCGAGAGCGAGGUGGGGGAGGACAGCGAGGGGGAAGCGUCUGCUCAGCAGCGGAGGGUGAGGACCAAGUUCACCUCCGAGCAGAUCGGCAAGCUGGAGCGCGCCUUCACCAAGCACAGAUACCUGGGGGCGACCCAGAGGAGGAAAAUCGCGGAGAGGCUGAACCUCUCAGAAACUCAGCACCCCCUCCUGAGCGGACAGCUCCCGGGAGGCUGCGGCCUCCUGCGGCCGCUCCGGGGCGCGCCUCCACCGGCCUCACUCCUCCACCACCACCACCACCACCACUACCAGCCAUCCCUCCUCCUGCCUCCCACACUCCUCAGA